AUGGUGCAGAGAGCAGAUACUAUCGAGAAGGAACUGUUGGCGAUAGUGUGGGCCAUAAAAACAUUUAGACCUUACCUAUAUGGCCGAAAAUUUACCAUUUUCACGGAUUAUAGACCUUUGGCGUGGUUAAAUUCUAUCAAAGAAUUCAACAGUAAACUCAUGAGAUGGAAGUUGCGGCUUGCUGAGUUCGAUUAUGACAUCGUUUAUAAAAAUGGGAAACAAAAUUUCGUUGCUGACGCCUUAUCCCGUGUUAAGGUAAACGCUCUGGGAGAAGACCAAAAAUCAAUGAAGGUUAACGUGGAUAAGGAUGAACAACUGCAAAGAAACAUAGACAGCUUAAUCGAAGAAAUUCAAAGAUUACAAAAUAAGGACACAAGUCUGAUGGAAAUGUCAUCGGAUACGGAGAGGACCUCAUCUAUCCCGUCCGCUAAGAGCAAUAAAUCAAAAUUCUAUACAAUCACCGACAAGUAG